GUUGAAAGGGCGAUGGAAUUUUCCCCGAAAGUCUACGCCUCGGGCCUCUCCCAGCUCCGGGCGGACCUACCCAUUUCCCCCCACCAGCUGCGGACCGGGCCGCCCCGCCCUCUCACGGGGAACACUUAACCGCGACUUCAGUUUUCCGUUGCACUACGUGCAGAGGUUUUCCCCCUUCUGACCCUUUAUUCCUUCCGUGGGCUCUCCUCGCCAUCCUCUGCUCCCAGAGGAACGCAGAUUGCUGGUCCGCUUGCGGGUUCCGCGCGGCUCCUCCGUGCGCUUGGCUCUUUCGGUGCUGCAGGCAGCGGGUCUCCUCUCCGCUAACUCCGCAGCUGACCCGCGGAGAGAGAGGGACGUGCGCCUGCCUCCUGCCCCAGGCUGCCCGUUUCGGAGAAGACGCGGUCUGGCAGCACUGAGCGGAGUUCUGCACCUAACCGAGCUCAGAGAGUUCGAAGAAAGUCAUACUCAGAAUGGCCUUUUCCUGCAUAUCAUCUGCUCUGUGACAGAGUGACCCAGAGGAGUUAGGAAGUAUUCUGGAUGGAUGGCUGCUGGAAUCCCACUGUCAUAGCCAGCUCUUCUUCAACACUUAAGGAUUUACUCUGGCAUUGAGUAAUGAGAAUUUCGAAACCAUUUUUGAGAAGUACUUCCAUCCAGUGCUACUUGUGUUUACUUCUGAACAGCCAUUUUUUAACUGAAGCUUGCAUUCCUGUCUUCAUUUUGAGCUGUAUCAGUGCAGGUCUUCCUAAAACAGAGGCAAACUGGCAGGAUGUAAUAAGUGAUUUGAAAAUAAUUGACAAGCUUAUUCAAUCCUUACAUAUCGAUGCCACUUUAUAUACUGAAAGUGAUGUUCAUCCCAAUUGCAAAGUAACAGCGAUGAAGUGCUUUCUCCUGGAGUUACAUGUUAUUUCGCUUGAGUCCAAAAAUGAGACCAUUCAUCAAACAGUAGAAAACAUUAUUAUCCUAGCAAACAGCGGUUUAUCUUCUAACAGGAAUAUAACUGAAACAGGAUGCAAAGAAUGUGAGGAACUGGAGGAAAAGAACAUUAAAGAAUUUCUGCAGAGUUUUGUACAUAUUGUACAAAUGUUUAUCAACUCUUCUUGAUUGUGAUUGAUCCCCUUCAGCAUUUCUACUGUUAGCAAACAUCUUCCUGCAGCUUAGAGGCUGUGAAACUCCUCAUUUCAUGCAUGCUGCCCCAAUUUUUUUAACAAGAGGACAAUCUGGAAUCUUGGAUCACACGAACUGUUAGAAAUGAAGGCAGAAAAAUGUCAUUGAGCAACAUGGUGUCUAUGAACUGUCUUCGUACUUAUUUCGUUCAUUUAUUCUUAAUUUAUUAUUGAAAUUGUACAUAUUUGUAGCAUAAUAUAAAGUAUUGAAUAAAAUUGUGUAUAUACUUUAUCCUUCGAAAUUGCAUUGAUGUUUACCUCCUGUAAGAAAAUAGGGGACAUUCGUUCAAGGGCAAUAGUCAAAUUGCACAAGCUGUGGGGCUGAGCACCCCUGGGGCAGGGAAACCGUAUGUUCCAGCCAGCAUAGGACCACUGACCACCAGCCUUCACUUCUCCAUUAGGUGUAGCACAAGGAGGAAGAAUUAACUACCAAUGAUAAAGGAAGAAAUAGGUGUGAAACCGGUGUUUUACUCUGUAAUUGAUAUAUAAAGCACCUGUUAUAAAAGACAAAAAGUGCAUGUACCUGGCAGGUAAUAUGUGUCAGUAAAUCUUAGGUGGGAGUGACAAUAAUAAAGCUCCACUGAGGUAGAUAGGUAGAAUCGUGUAUAGGAAACUAAUGGUUGUAAUGAUGUUUGUAUUCCAUGCUUUCCCAAGUGCAGGUAUUUUAUUUUCACUUUUUUUUUUUUUUUUUGCCACGCAUGUAUAAUAAAAAAUUUGCUGGUUCGUUAGAGCCAGCAUUAUCUGACAUAAAGUAAUUGUAUAUUUUUGCAGUAUGCUGUCUGAAAUUUGCAAGGUCUUUUUUAAUAAAACUAUGACUAAAAUGAAA